UUGGUGAUUUAAGAAGAGAUGGGAGAAGCAUCCUGGUUUCUACACCGGUUUUGUCCAUAUCUUGCGUUCUAAUCUUUCAUUCACUUCGCUUGCACUUCGCUUGCUGUGCUCAUCUAGAGAUCUCCACCUGGAAGCAUCCUCUCUUCUUCUCCCCCUCCUCUCCUUCAACCCCUUUAUAAGUUCUGUAAGUUCUUCUCCUUAACUUAACUCUCUCCCACUCACCCACUCCCCCACCUAAACCAAAACCAGCUCUGUGGAGAAAAGGGAUUACUACCCAUUUUCUCUGGUAAGGCAUUGCUGGGAGCCCUUGUCUUUGUUCUUGUGUCUGCAGCGCUCACUCGCGGUGAUUUUUGUUCAAUUUCUUGAUAAUUUUCUUGGCAUUGCACGUCCAAACACUAGUUCCUGCCUACUGACAAGAAUGCAGAAGCAGAAGAUGUUGCUCAAGGACUUCCUUAGAGAAGAUCCUCGACCUCAUUCUUCAAAUAUUGAAGCAGCAACACUUCUCAGAAGCAGAUCGAGAAAAAUUCCAGCCUUAGAGACCAUGAUCAAUGCAUUCAAAAACAUCCCUUUCACUAGUUCGGUGAAUAAGCCCUACUCAAUGAUCUUCCUAAGGAGCCUCUCAAGAAAGCUGUCAGCACAAAGAUUGCCCAAGAAAAGCAGAAAAGAUGAUGGUCAUGGAGGUGGCGGUGAGCAGGCCAAAAUGACAGUCAAGAUCAAGGACAUCAUACGGUGGACGUCCUUCCGGGACUUGGCCGAAGAGCGAUCUUGGCCGUCGGAUUUCCGUUCCUCGCCACCACAUCAAUGCUCUUCUACGGCGACAGUGACGACCACAGGGUCAAGCAGUAGUACUGAGAGCAACAGUAAUGGCUCAAGUUGGUGUGAAAGUGAUUUCACGCUGGAGUUUUCACCGCCCUGGAAUGGUAAUUUUCAGGAAUACAGUGAACCAUGUGUUGGUAAAUACACAGUGGAGGCUUUACCAGGACCGAAAACAAGAAGCUUCUGUGAUGUUGAACGCAAGAGAGUCUCAUUCUAUGAGGAGGAAGAACAACACAGUCCUGUUUCUGUAAUUGAUGCUGAAUUUGGAGAAGAUGAAGGCUUUUCCUGGUCUCGAGAUCAAAGCCGAGACAAUACUUCGACAGAGGAUGCACAAUUCCUUCUACGACAACCUUGGCAGUUCGAAAGUGUUGCCUAUGUGCAAAGUUCCACGUCAUUGGGGGAUGUUGAUGAACGAUCUGAUGAAGAAGAGGAUGAUGAGUUCAGAGAAGAACAGGGAGACUCAAAUGAACCUACUGAACAAAAGGCAACAAUGCUGCUAAACCAAGUCAAAGCUUCAAGUUCUGGUCUUAGCAUGAAGACCAAUGUGGAUAUGCUAUUGUUGGACUACUUCAUAAAUGAACUAGCCACUCCAGGAUGCGACACUACAAACGAUGACUCUGAGCUUAUGAUGGUGAGCACCGCAAAAUCUUGGAUGAAUAACGAGCUCAGUGCAAAGUGCGAAUGGGGAAUCAAUAGCAAGAAAGAUUCUUAUCUGAGAGAAAUGGACAGAGGAGAGAAGUGGAGAAAGUUCGAAGAGGAAAAAGAGGAGAUCGCUUUGGAAGUUGAGGCUAAGAUUAUGGGUAUUUUGGUGGAUGAGCUUCUAUCUGAUUUCAUAUUGAACUGACCAGAGAGAAAAAUCUUGUUAGAUGAGAGGGAAAGCAAUGUAGGGAUGUAGAAGAAAGAUGUAAUGCAUAGCUCAUGCUUAGAAAGUUCUCCCCGCUGUAAUGUAUGUCUAGAAGAGGAAGAUAACUUCUGUAGCAAUCUAGAGAAUUAUGUAAAAAUAAAACUUUUAGGCAUUCUUUUU